GGUGGGGGAUCGAGAGGCGCCGGAGGUCGUUCUUGGCGGCAGGAGCCAUGGAGAUGCCGCUGCCACCCGACGACCAGGAGCUUCGAAAUGUCAUCGACAAGCUCGCCCAGUUUGUGGCUCGCAACGGGCCCGAGUUUGAGAAGAUGACUAUGGAGAAGCAGAAGGACAACCCGAAAUUCUCGUUUCUGUUCGGAGGCGAGUUCUACAGUUACUACAAGUGCAAGCUGGCGCUCGAACAGCAGCAGCUCAUCUGCAAGCAGCAGACUCCAGAGCUGGAGCCGGCCGCGGCCCUGCCACCCCUCACACAGCCCCCGCUAGCCCCUGCUGCACCCAUCCCGCCUGCCCAGGGAGCCCCGUCCAUGGAUGAGCUCAUCCAGCAGAGCCAGUGGAACCUGCAGCAGCAGGAGCAGCACCUGCUGGCCCUCAGACAGGAGCAGGUGACUGCAGCUGUGGCCCAUGCGGUGGAGCAGCAGAUGCAGAAGCUCCUGGAGGAGACCCAGCUAGACAUGAAUGAGUUUGACAACCUGCUGCAGCCCAUCAUUGACACGUGCACCAAAGACGCCAUCUCGGCUGGGAAGAACUGGAUGUUCAGCAACGCUAAGUCCCCUCCACAUUGUGAGCUGAUGGCGGGCCACCUCCGGAACCGCAUCACAGCUGAUGGGGCACACUUUGAGCUGCGGCUGCACCUCAUCUACCUGAUCAAUGAUGUGCUGCACCACUGGGCCCUGAUGCGCGGAAGGUCUCUCCCUCACAGCCAGCGCAAGCAGGCCAGGGAGCUGCUGGCCGCCCUGCAGAAGGUUGUGGUGCCCAUCUACUGCACCAGCUUCUUGGCCGUGGAGGAGGACAAGCAGCAAAAGAUUGCCCGGCUCCUGCAGCUAUGGGAGAAGAAUGGCUACUUUGACGACUCCAUCAUCCAGCAGUUGCAGAGCCCAGCCCUGGGGCUCGGCCAGUACCAGGCAACGCUCAUCAAUGAGUACUCCUCGGUUGUCCAGCCGGUGCAGCUGGCCUUCCAGCAGCAGAUACAGACCCUCAAGACGCAGCACGAGGAGUUUGUCAACAGCCUGGCCCAGCAGCAGCAGCAGCAGCAACAGCAGCAGCAGCAGAUCCAGAUGCCACAAAUGGAAGCCGAAGUCAAGGCCACGCCACCACCGCCGGCCCCACCGCCAGCCCCCACACCCACCCCAGCCAUCCCACCAACCACCCAGCCUGAUGACAACAAGCCUCCCAUCCAAAUGCCCGGCUCCUCUGAUUACGACGCCUCAGGAGGGGUCCAGGACCCUGCAGCCAGUGGCCCCCGGGGCCCUGGGCCCCACGACCAGAUUCCGCCUAACAAACCCCCCUGGUUUGACCAACCUCACCCCGUUGCUCCUUGGGGUCAACAGCAGCCUCCUGAGCAGCCCCCCUACCCGCAUCACCAGGGCGGGCCGCCCCACUGCCCGCCUUGGAACAACAGCCACGAGGGCAUGUGGGGUGAGCAGCGCGGGGAUCCAGGCUGGAACGGCCAGCGUGACGCACCCUGGAACAGCCAGCCAGACCCUAACUGGAAUAGCCAGUUCGAGGGCCCCUGGAAUAGCCAGCACGAGCAGCCUCCCUGGGGUGGCGGCCAGCGAGAGCCACCCUUCCGCAUGCAGCGGCCACCACACUUCCGCGGGCCCUUCCCACCCCAUCAGCAGCACCCGCAGUUCAACCAGCCGCCACACCCCCACAACUUCAACCGCUUCCCACCCCGCUUCAUGCAGGAUGACUUCCCCCCGAGGCACCCCUUCGAGCGGCCACCUUAUCCUCACCGCUUUGACUACCCCCAGGGGGACUUCCCCGCCGAGAUGGGACCCCCUCACCACCACCCUGGCCACCGCAUGCCACAUCCUGGGAUCAACGAGCACCCCCCCUGGGGGGGCCCCCAGCACCCCGACUUUGGCCCUCCUCCCCAUGGCUUCAACGGACAGCCCCCCCACAUGCGGCGACAGGGCCCUCCCCAUAUCAACCACGAUGAUCCCAGUCUGGUCCCCAACGUUCCCUACUUUGACCUCCCCGCCGGGCUGAUGGCCCCCCUUGUGAAGCUCGAAGAUCACGAGUACAAGCCUUUGGACCCUAAAGACAUCCGCCUUCCACCCCCCAUGCCCCCCAGCGAGAGGCUGCUGGCGGCUGUGGAGGCCUUUUACAGCCCUCCUUCCCACGACAGGCCCAGGAACAGCGAAGGCUGGGAGCAAAACGGCCUCUAUGAGUUCUUCCGAGCGAAAAUGCGGGCCCGACGGCGGAAAGGCCAGGAGAAGAGGAACAGCGGACCCUCACGGUCUCGGAGCCGAUCCAAAAGCCGCGGGCGUUCCUCCUCUCGCUCCAACUCGAGGUCCUCCAAGUCGUCUGGCUCAUACUCGAGGUCACGGUCACGUUCCUGCUCCCGUUCCCGCUCCUACUCCCGUUCCCGCUCCAGGAGCCGUAGCCGGUCCCGCUCCUCAAGAAGCCGCUCGAGGUCCCGCUCCCGCUCCAGGUCCAAGUCAUACUCCCCGGGGAGGAGACGUCGGUCGCGGUCCAGGAGCCCCACUCCGCCUUCUUCAGCUGGUCUGGGUUCUAAUUCAGCACCUCCUAUACCUGACUCCAGGCUUGGGGAAGAGAACAAAGGACAUCAGAUGCUGGUGAAAAUGGGCUGGAGUGGAUCUGGCGGCCUCGGCGUGAAAGAGCAAGGGAUCCAGGACCCCAUCAAGGGGGGGGACGUGCGGGAUAAGUGGGACCAGUACAAGGGUGUGGGCGUGGCCCUGGAUGACCCCUACGAGAACUACCGCAGGAACAAGAGCUACUCCUUCAUCGCCCGCAUGAAGGCCAGGGACGAGUGCAAGUAGGAACGGUGAGGAGCCACCAGCCGCUGGCAGCCUGGCCACUGGGACCUUCCUGGCUUACUAGCUGUGGAAGAUGGUAGGGACAGCUCGGUUCUUACACCGCCUCCGUCUUUGCGGAGCGACAGAAGAGAAAGACAACCACAGCAUGCCUAGUGAUCAGUGUCGUGCUCGACUGCAGGGAGGCACAGGCCCCGCCUGCAAACCAGCUCUAAUGUAAAAGUAAGAUUCACAUGAGAAGACACCCUGAACUCAUUGCCUGGACAGUGAAGCAAGAAAUGUGAGCCCCUCUCCCCUGGACAAGAAUUUCUGACACCUGAGGGAAUGGAUGUUUCACAUCUCUGCUGCCAGAUGUGAGUCUCCACUUAACGUCAGCAGGCACGAGCGGAGGACACCCUGCGCGAGCACGCUGGCCACCCAGACCAGGGGCGUGGCAGGCCAGGCGCCAGUACUGCUCAUUCUUUAAAAAUGGAAAAACAAAACCUUGAUUUGCAAAUUUAAACAGGGUUUUCAUUUUUACUCCAAAUGGUUUAGUUUAAAAAAAAAAUUGACCUAAGAUGAUCCCCAGUGAGAUAAUUUGAAACUUGAUUCCUCCAAGACAUACUGGCCCUUAGUUUAGUUGAUUUUUUUUUUUUUUUUUAAUGUUAGGUAUUUGCUAUUAUCUCCAGAAACAAAAGGAUCUAAGGAGACGGAUCUGAGGCAUCUUCAGGUCACAGAGUGAUGCCCAUGGAGGACCUGUGACCUUAGUGUCUGCUUGUGUUUUUCACUUAAAGGAACCCACACCAGCACUUGCGUGCGAUAGCCCACUCAGACCGGACACGCCUCCUGCUCUGUCACUUCCUUCUCCUACCCACCCCCCUCCAAUCGCAAGGAGGUGAGGCCCGGAGGGAGCCACUAGGUGACUGCGCCAGGAUCGGCUGUACUUGGUGUCUUCAGGCAGCAGGGUGCAGUGCCGUUUAUUUGUACAGAAACACUUUUGAAAAAUUCUUUUCAAUAAGAUGCAAAAUCCUCUCCAACUUUUCAACCUGAUGUGAUAAAAUAUUUGAUUUUGUUCUAGGUUUCCUGUAGCUGUGUAUUGUUUAAACGCAUCUGAUUCAGGAUAAAGCAUAAAUACUUGCUGUUAACAAUUUCUU